CGGGGGUGAAAGUGGGUCACUCAAAUACAGAGCCUCCCCUCUCUCAAACACACACACACACGCUUGACCACCAAGUUGUUUUAGCUACCCUUGGAAUGGAAUUACAUUUUCAGCCCCAAGUAGUGCAAUGGUCGCGUUUGUUUGUACACGAUUCUGUUCUGGGUACCACCUCGGUCUGGGGGUGGACCCUGCGGCCCGGCCAGCGUGAGGACACGAGGGACGACAUACCGCAUGGAAGCUAAGUCGGGCCGAGUGAUGGUGAACACAGAGAAGGAGCGGGCCUCCCUGCUGUUCAUGCAGGCUCUGAUCAGCAGGGGCAGCGUGGACGCUGUGUCCCACCACAUGGCCUCGCACCCGCAGUACCUGGAGAGCUUCCUGCGCUCGCAGCACUACAUCCUGCACAUGGACGGCCCGCUGCCGCUGCCCUGCCGCCACUACAUCGCCAUCAUGGCGGCAGCGCGGCACCACUGCAGCUACCUGGUGUCCCUGCACUCCGCCCACUUCCUCCGGGUGGGCGGGGACCCGGUCUGGCUACAGGGCCUCGAGGCGGCGCCCCCCAAACUCCGACUGCUGGACCACAUCAACAAGGUGCUGGCCCACCAGCCCUGGCUCGUCGCCUGCUCACACAUCCAGACCCUGCUGAAGACGGGCGAGCAGUGCUGGUCCCUGGCCGAGCUGGUGCAGGCCGUGGUGCUGCUGGCCCACUGCCACUCCCUCUGCAGCUUCGUGUUCGGCUCGGCCGCCGACGGCGGCGGCGUGUGCGACCUCUCCCCGCUGCCCAAGUCCCCCAACGGCACCCCGCCGCCGCCGGCGGCCUCCUGCCCCUGUGACGUCGCCAACGGCAACGCCAACGUGCCUGACGCCGCACAGCGACGGGCCCUGGACUCAAGCUGUGAGAUGGUGUUUUUAAAGGAGAGGAUUCAGAAGUCUCAGGAGGAGCGGGAGAAACGAGAGGAGCGCCUCCUGCAUGCACACACAAUCCAACAAACGGAGCUGGAGGAGGACGAGGAGGCGGCGGUGUACCUGGCGGAGCCCUCGCGCUUCAUCAGCGACCCCGACUUCUGCUACCAGGAGUUCACCCGGCGCCACGAGGACCACUUCCAGGUGUUCAGGGUCCAGGACUACUCGUGGGAGGACCACGGCUUCUCAUUGGUCAACCGGUUGUACUCGGACAUCGGCCACCUGCUGGACGACCGGUUCCGCAGCGUGGCGGCCCUGCCCUCCUCUCACAGCCCCGACCUGAAGCGAGCCAUCUGGAACCACAUCCACUGCGUCCUGGGCAUACGGUAUGACGACUAUGACUACGGGGAGGUGAACCAGCUGCUGGAGAGCGACAUGCAGCUGUACAUCAAGGCGGUGGCCUGUUUCCCCGACGACACCAAGGACCCCGUGUGCCCCCUGCCCUGGGCGCCCCUCAAACCCUCUGAACGAAUACAUGUGAACCUGCUCAUCAUGGAGGCCCGGCUCCAGGCGGAGCUCCUCUACGCGCUGAGAGCCAUCACUCAGUACAUGAUCGCCUAAGAGCAGUCCGGCAGGCGGGGAGUCGAACCGGCCACACUGCGCAGAGAGACGUGGAGACGAGAGCCUUGGAGGAACGGAGGAAGGAGACGGCGGUCAUGGAGGUCUCGAAGAGAACGUCGGGGGUUGAGGAGCAGAGGGGAAGGAUACUGAAGUACGUGAGGUCACUGUCCCCUGCGGACUGGGCGGUCCUUUGGGGCCCUGCGGUUUAAAUGCUGUUUUUAAAAAAUAGCAGGAAAGCUCCAUGGCGUCCACUUUUUUGCCAAAGCAAAGCGGAACAUUGUUCUUAAGCCGCCCGCCCCUCUCUCUCUCACUCCUCCCAAACGAUGGGUACGGGAUGUCCCGUAGAGGACAGUCGGCUGUGGGCCGCGUCAAACUCCCUCGUUUUCAAAUGUCGCCGUUCUCAGAGAAAAAAAAAAAAAAAAAAGGUUAUGUGCAAUUAUAAUGGAUGGUAGUUUUCAUUUUAACUCAUAUCUUCGUGUUCGAAACAUUGUGAAAGCGAAAAAGCGAAGUGUGCUUAAUUAUAUUUAUAGCAAUGGCCGAUAGCCACUUGUCUUUGGCUAUCAGCCCUUUUUUAUGAACUUUCUUUUUUUUUCCAAAGGGAAAAGAAAAUAACUAAGCAAAAAUGUCCACAACUUUCUGUAUGAAUCGAUGAAUGUCCAGAGACCUGGUUGGUUAUGUUGACAAUCCACGCCAGGGUCGCAGGUGGUACAAAAAGGGUAUAUUCAUACCCUUUUUUUUCGGCGACACAAAUACUGGCCAGGAACAAAUGCCAAAAGUGACACUGGUGAAUGAUAUCAAUUCACUAUAGUUUCUUUAAAUAAGCACUUUUUUAACUUUAUAUAUUUAUGAUGAAAUGAAACUGUAGAAACUACCCCCCUGGCUUGCGGUUCUCACAGCCAUUCACUGUAAGACGCAUCCAAUUGGUCGAUUUUAUCCUUCAAAACAACUUGCAGUUAUCGUCCUUCUCUUAAGAAAAUUUGAUAGCUGAUUUAUUAAACCACCAACUAAGCCCAGUUCAACCACUCGGCUGUUUUACACGGUACUGCACAAUUUUACAGUACUAUUUUUAAACGGAGAAGAUACCCUCUGUGGUAUUGAGAUGAAUAAGCUGAGAUAUUAGUGUCUGUUGUAAUGAAGUCACACUUGGGCAGUUGUCAAAUGAAGGAGUAUUUCGUCUCCAUAGUGUUUAAAAAGAAACUGCAACUCAACAUCGAGUAAACCUCCGGUCAUCACUGAAUAUACUUCUGUUAGAAAAUUAAACAUCUGCAUUGGUUACUACUAAUUGACAACUUUUAAGUUGACAGCUAUUGCAGACUUUGUAUUUGGUGAGCUGUUUUUAUAAACGGUUUCUAAUCAAAUCAUUCUCUACUUUUUUCCAAGCAGACUAUGUGCAAACUAAAACUCAAAGUAUUCUCAUUGUUUUGUAGGUUUUUUCUUUUCUUUUUUUUUUUACAAAUGUUGGAGUGACAUACAUGUUGGAAUAGGAUUGUUCUAUUCUUUCCGGGUUUGCUGCUAAAUCCUGCUUGUUUUGCUGAAUCCUCACCUAGCAUAUCGAGAAAUGCCAACGCGCUGCAACCCAGGUGCCUUCAGGCUAAUCUGAAGUGGUGAGCGACAGAAGGAUUUUAACCGCUUCAGGGGCCGAAUACAAGCUUUUUCAUCAUACAACUGCCAUCGCUGGUGGUUUACAAGGUACUGGAGCCACCACCUGGAACUACUGGUGGCACUGUCUUGAUGGGAACUGCUUCCAAGAACCAUAGACCUUGAUUAAUGUUGGAGGAUGCCUUUUCCUUACAUUGUUAAGACGGUAUACACACACGUUUGUGACAGACACUUACAAUCUCCCAGUGACACAAAGAGCCUACGACACAGAUGGAUGUUACAGUUGUUCAGUAAAUGAAACUCAAAGCAAUGAUGAACAAGUGAAAAGACAAAAAAAGUUUUUUAUUUUAAACUUGACAUGUUUUCUAUAAAGAUGUUAUAUGAAACAAAUGUGUGUUUUAUUCAAGUUAUCUCUUCAUACCUUUUUAGAAAAUUAUUGAAAAACGAUAACAAAAGUAAAUUCCUGACAGUCGUGUGAAAGUACCGUGUUGUUUAGAUAUUUUCUAUGUAUCCACUUUCAUGACGAUAACAGUUAAUGGCUGAUUUGAUAUUUGACUGACAGUGACCCACACGAAAUGCAACACCACGUGCAUCAUUAUUUAACAGCGCCCUCUAACGGCAGACAGGCGUAGCUGCUCUGUAUCCACCUGCCGGUGUCCAUGGCGUCUGCCAUCAUCAUAUCAACCAUGAUGGAUUUCAACUGGUAAGUCAACUAAAGUACAAACCAAAAAUGCAUUUGCCCAAAUGGAUUAAAAAAAUAUUUAUUUUCCAAAGGUCAGAGCUGUUAACUUAAAUUGUAUGAGGAUAACAAAGUGAAAAGAUAGUUUGGGGAGCAGAAUAGAAAAUCUAAUUAUUUAUAAUAAUAAACGUUGGCAACCCAGGCCCAAAGUCGCCAAUUGGAAAAUAUGAUGAACCUGAUCCAAAUGCUAAAAUACUGCAUCAAAUGGGGCAAUUUCAGUUAAUAAAACAUACUAAGGGCUACAAUAUAACAAGGUUAAGAGUAAACCAAAGGGGAAAAUAAACUUUAAUUGGAGAGGGAAUUACAAAGGAAAAACCACCAUCGUUGGGGUUAUAAGGAGCCAGCAGCGGGGUGAAUUGCCUAUAGUUUACCAAAUACUGCUAAUUCCAGAUAUCAAUUAGAUUUUUAAUGGCUGCAUUUUUUAUAUAUAUACACAGUAGUUUAUAACCGAAAACAACUGGUUCUUAAGAGCAUGUAUUUUAGCUAGUCCAAAAAUAUUUUUAGAUAUUUAUAUAUAUAUACCCUCCCCUUAACCAAUAAUUGAUCAUUGUGGGAAUAGCCCAUUUUCUUUUAUAUUUUGGUAAUGUACAUACACGGAAAAAGCAAUGUUUGUUGUAGGCUCACUUUCAGGGCAAUACGGUCCUUGUAUUAUACACUGAUUACGUACAGGCCCUGAUUAGAUGUAAAUAUGCACCCAGUGAAACAAUCAAUGACCUCUAGCACCAGUUCAAGAAGAGUCAAAAAAAUGAAAAAUUGAUUCUAACAUAUUGACAUAGCUACUGAAAAUGUAUGAAUAUAGAAAUUGUAUGACUAUAGAAGGAAAAAGGGAUAACUUUCUGGUGAAAAUUCCGAUAAACAAACAUAAAAAAACAAAGCAAACAAAGAGUUGACAUGAAAUUACCUUCACCGGUUAUGCACAAGUUAAAUACAAACGUUAAGGCUAACACAAUGCACAAAGAUUAGGUGGGGUAACAAAGAAAUUAUACAAGUUAAUCUUGCUAGCUACAUGCUGUAGUGUUCAAUGUUGGCAGUCAAACAUUAAGGGAUAGUCUCUGUGUACAUUGCUUAGUGAGCUCUUUGUAUAUCAAAGUACAACUUCAUAAUCUAAAAUUAAUUUCAGAUAAACUUUUUGUGUGUGUCAAUUAAAAAUCACAUAGGGCCCCAGAAAGUGAGCAAAAUAAGAGCGGUUGCUUUUCCAGUUGUUUGGAACAUUCAAAAGUCCCACAAUGUAAAAUAAAUACUUUAAUAAUCCUGUGAUUAUCUCUGAGCAGUCCAGUGCACAGGAUUCGGUUCCUGAGAGUGAAUCGUUGCAUCGCGUCUCCGGUGAGAUGACCAUCUGACAUAAGUUAAACUCUUGCCAUAUUUCUUUUGUUUUACUCAAUUUUAGAAGUGGCAAGAGGCCGUGAACUUUGAGGCAUACAAUUGAUAACUAACGAUGGCCAGGUAGACCUACGUGUGAUUUCAUUUUAAUUGUAAAGGUGACAUUUCUUAAAGGAGGCAUAGCCUACUAAGCGAAGCCUGCCUUAGCUGAGGUUUACUGUGUCCCACUCCUGAACUGCCAUGCACAUGUUAGUGUUCCUUUGGUUAAAAUCUACAUGCAUCUCAACAUUUACAAAAAUAAGUGUAGAAAAUGACCGUUAAAAAUUAUCAGAAAAUGCUUUCUCCGGAUAUAAAAAACCUUUGCCUCUGAUUAGUAAUAUAUUCAUAUCAUUUAAUUAAUUACGUCCAUCUAAACUGUAUAUUAAAAACUAUAGUGAAAUAUAUUCUGUUUUUCAUAGUUUUCACACAUAGUAUUAAUUUAUCCAAAAGGACUAUUAGUACUGUUUAACAAAAGCUUAAUAUGUGAGAUUAUAAUCUCACAUUAAAAAUCAUCAUCCCCGAUUUAAAGGGAUACAGACAAUAUGCCAGGAAAACUUAAAUAUGACAACCCUUCAAGAAAAUAUCUUUUAAGUUUUCAUUCGAGAUCUUAAUUAGGUCUCAUUAAUCUGCAUACUGUGACAUGUACAAUGGCUACAAAACAAACCUAACCGCCUUUACACAUUUUCUUAAGAGUUGAACCUAACAUAGAGCCCAAGUCAAGCCCCGUCCACUGGCCCCCAUUUCGGUGGAAAUGUGUCCUGUAGUCGACGGCCAAAGACUCAUCAUUGUCUGAUCCUGUUUGAAUUGUGUUAUGAAUUACACGUUUGCUGAUCUUUUUCAAUUCGUAGAACGACGGAAGUACAAAAUACGCAAUGAGAAAGACUACACACCCAAAAGUUGUGUUUGUGACGUCAUAACGCCAUUGACUGUGAUAUUUUUUCCAAAAUAAGGUGAAAUUGGGGACAGCGGAAGGGGCGGGACUUAGGCUCUAAGUGGAACAGUCUGCUAGGGUCCCUGUGUACGAGUCUCACGAAAUACAGGAAAUGUUAA